UUGCAUCGGUGUCUCUGAGAGGUUGUUAAAUUCCACGGUAGAUAAAUAACAAGUUUAACUGUAAUGGUUGUGGUUUAACGUCAUGGAGGUAAUCGAAACAAUUGUCAUACAGAGCACUGAAGUGGAAGGAAAGGAAACGGUCGUGUCCAGUGUGGACGCCGAUAAAACCAAAGCAGAAUUUAUCUGGACACUGCAGGCUACAUGGCACCUUAUCAACACCCGACUGGAAAUGGAUCAGGCUUUUGACCAGCCAGUUUGCAAGAAAAAGAAACUAUGGGAGAUGGUGGCAGAGAAGGUGAAUGCCAAACUAAGGGAGUCAGAGGUCACAGAUGUCACUGUGAAGGCAUACGAGUGUGAUCUCAAGUGGAGAAACAUGUUGGCCACGUACAGGAAGAAUGCAGAGAGGGCCAAGAGGCUGGGGGUGGCCAGUGUUCACUGGGAGUUCUUCAAAACCAUGCAUGAAGUUCUGGGCAAGAGCAGGGAGGAGAUCGAAGCCCAGCGCAGAGCCAAGCUCAGUGGGACGAAAGUGGGCAAGGCCAUAGCCAGCAAGAGGUUUACCCCUAUCCUCCCCACACCUCCUGCAACAGCCACUCCCUGCCCUGCCCGGCCUCCACAGGACGUCCUGCAGCUGUACAUGGAGCUGCAAGAGAGGAAGAUGAACAUGUGGGCCCAGCAGAAAGCCCUGGAGGAGAGGAAGAUAGAGGCCAUCAACAACCUGGCCCAGGCCAUCUCCAACCUGGCUCAGAAGAACAGCACACAGACAUCAAAGGAUGUUCAUUAGGCCUGAAGAGACGUGAAGUGGAUGUGAACUUCUUACCAAAAACUUUUGAUACUGAACAGAGGGAACUGUUUGAGUAUGUUUUUAGCAUAUGUUUUUAGAUUGGUCAUGUUGGCACAUUUGUACUGUUACAGUUUAGUACAGAGUAGUUUGGCCAGUCUGUGUUCUGUAGAGCUAAACAUAACACAUUUCAGAAUAGGUGAAAACAUAAGAGUUCAGAGGAGACAUAUGAGACAGAGAUAUACUCACAUAUCACGUCCUUAAAAUUGUUCUUUUCUGUUUAUAUCCCAAUAGAUAUAAUCCUUACUUAUUUUUAUACCAAAAUAGAAUAGUUAAUAAAGGCUGGCUGAGUUUGGAGAGUAAGAAAAACUGAAAUAUCACACACAAACUACAUGAAUACAAGCAUCCUACCAUCUCUGUAUCUAUGCACAAGUGGAAAAUCUUAUUUUUUUAUGGGGGUACCAUAAGUGCACAAACUGAAAUAAUCAGAAACAAGCUAACAGAAAUGAUCAAUGAUAUGAUCAUGAUAAUUGAGAGGUCAUAGACUAAAAUUUUAUAUUUUUGAGUUAAGACAAUACAGAUAUUUAUAAUGAUAAUUAUUAUUUUUAUUUGGUAACAAUAACUGUAUUCAUAGGCAUGCUGGUGCUAUGUUAAUGUACUAAUGAAAUACACUUUGUUUAUUAGAUAAUAUGAACAACUUCACAAUGUAAUGUGUUCCACUAAACAACCUGCAA